CGGAGAAAGCAGGGAGGUGUGCUGUAUAUGGAGUGCAUUUAAUUCAGGUUUUUGAACAGUUUGCGUCGCAGGAAUGUUAAGUUUGUCAAAACGCUGGACAGAUGGGUAACUGGGUAUCUCUUAAUGCGCCUUUUACUUGACCUAAACCUAAGUAGCUAAGCUGGCUAAUGGUAACAGCCAAACUUCGGGGCUAGCGAAAGACCUAACAGUUAGCUAGUUAUGCUAAAAGAUAAAAAUAGCAACUCCGGGCUUAAUAUUCUGAACUGAGUAGACAUAGUACAGAUAGUAAGACCUUACACUAUUCCCUACGAAUCUGGAGUUGUUCGUUUACCGUAUACGGUUUGCGUUAGAGCCGAAGAUCAAGUUGACUGGCUUUGUUAAGGUUAAACCUUUCUCGGCAUUUGUUUUCAGAGUGACUGUAGCGUUACUGAAUAGGCUCCUCUGCCUCGUCACGUCUGCUUUCUUCUUUGUAAAUUAGUCCUGCUAAGUUAGUAAUCUUCCACGAGAGUCGAGAAACUACGAGGCAGAAUGAAAACCGUGGAAAGAAACGUCGUGCGCUUGGCGGUGGUGCAGCACCUUCGUGCAACGUAUGGAAUAAAGACUAAGAACUGGAACAAAUGCAAAACGAGCAGCAGCAGCAAGCUGACAGCAGGCAAUUCGGUCAAGGUUUUUGGAGUUGCUUUAGAAAGUCUGCCACAUUGUCAUGUGCUAGAUUAUGGAGCUAUACCCUGCUUCCUUGUGGAUGUCUGUACAUGCCUUAUGUUGCAUUUGGACACAGAGGGCCUGUUUAGAAAAUCAGGUUCCAUUGUUCGAGUGAAGGCGCUUAGGGCAAAGUUAGAUCAGGCUGAAGAGUGUCUGUCCACUGCCCUUCCAUUGGACAUUGCUGGACUUUUGAAACAGUUCUUUAGGGAGCUGCCUGAGCCAAUCCUGCCAACAGACCUGCACAAUGCAUUUCUGAAAGCCCAGGAACUACCCACCGUGGAAGAGCGAACCUCAGCCACCAUCCUGCUGUCCUGUGUACUACCUCAUGGGAAUUUAAACACACUGCGCUACUUCUUCAGUUUUCUAAAGAGGGUCUCUCAGAGUUGUGCUGAGAACAAAAUGGACAGCAGCAACCUUUCGGUUAUUUUCGCUCCAAACCUCCUCCAUUGUGGAGAAGGGACAGAGAAAAUGAGUGCCAGCACUGAGAAGAAACUAAAACUUCAAGCUGCUGUUGUGCAGUGCCUCAUUGAUAAUGCUGAAGGCCUGGGAGUGGUGCCAGAGUUUCUUAUGGCCGGAGUUCCCGCAAUGCUAGGUUGUGAGUCUGGACUAUUUUCCCCAUCAGAUGCUGUGGAGGAGGGAAACACACCCUCAGGGUCAAAGAGAUGCAGACGUAGUUUAGGAGAUGUGGUAAAUGGAGCUCUCAGUAAAUUAAAAAGUAAUAGAACCCCUUCACAUACACCUCAGCCUGAUGGAACAGUCCUCUCCACUGCCACCCCUGUUGUCAUUACACCUAAGCGCAAACUUCCCAUGGAAUCCGGACAGAGUUAUGGAUUCUCCAACAAGAAGCGUAGAUCCAUCAAGAAGAAUCUUGGCCUGGAAUUGUUCCCCAGUGUCUUGUUUGGUGGAGGAUCCACACCUGGAUCAGUGCACAGCGCCUCAGGAACACUAGACUCUUCUCAGAGUGCCUUAUCCUCUGUGGGCAGAUGUAGCCGACUGUCUGCAAGCUCUGCACGGAGGAAGAGCAAAAGACUGAGCCGCCGAAAUAUUAACAGAGCCGAGUCAGGGAAAGCUGGCUGCUUUUCUCCAAGAGUGACAAAAAAAGAGGCAAUGAGGAAGUCCUUGCGUCUGCGCUUUAGCCUCGGAAAAACAAACCGAGAUUGUAGUGUCCUUUCACAUUCUCUACCGGUGCCAAAGGGGUCAGAGGCCAUUGGUUGGCGCCUUGCGACACAAGAGAGUGUCACCAGCUUUCACUUUACCAAAGACACCACGUUUAGUCCGUCUGUUUUGAGAAACGGCGCUUCAACAGGCUCCAAGUACAUCAGUAAGUCUGAAGACAACCUUCUGACCCCAUGUGGCACUAAGGAACCUGCAACCUCUUGGAGUGCAGAGACUCCAGAUGGAACCCAAGCCUACACAGGAAGCUCCUUCUCAGACACUCCAAUGAGCGCAUGCCUCAAGACCACCUACCACUCAGAACCUAUCAUUAUUGUCAGCAAGCCACCUUUAGUUGGUAACAUCCAAAAGAGCCUUUGCUGUGCUACCAGUGCUGAGAGCCUGGCUAGUUCUGAGUCUUUUGGUGAGGAACGCUCUCAGGCAGGUCCUACUCUUGUGAGGAUCAGAGGGGCUUCGGAUGAACCUGUUAGUACCCUCUGUACUACUGAUGAGGACUACAAAGAGGAGCCCAAAGAGAAAACAGAAGAAAAUGCUAAUGAUAGCCCUGGUUCAUCUGAGCCCUCUAUACCUUCAGAAAACUCACCUGUAUCUUCUGAAGUGAAGAGAAAUUCCUCUCUCAAAGUGUCUCAAAGCUUCAUGGAAGAUCAGAAUGUCACAUUUGGACAAAUAGAGUUAGUUCCCUUGUCUCCUUUGCACAUAGACAGUGUACUGUUUGAUACUGAAACUGCAGAAAGCUCAGUGAUGGUUAAGAACACCCAGGAGAGUUCUGUGAGUGGUGAGAGCACCUGCUUGAUUGUGGACAGCUCAACAUGUUCUGCAAACUGCAGCCGGCUGAUCGAUGCUCUUGACAUCCAAAGUCCUGUGGCUUUCAGACUUAACAGUUCCAUCAUGGUUCAGUCCACUCCGUUUGUAGCAAGAGAGAGAACCAGGGAACUCAAGACCUUGCAGCCUGAGGAGUUUAAAAAGCCAUUGCCGGUUGAAUCGUCUUCGGAAUCUUUAAAUCAGCAUGAGACCCAACACCAAGAGCCCUCUUUGGAUCCAGUGCAAACACGCCGAACGAAAGUGGCUGAUCAUAUACAGCGUUUCAACAUGCUGACUCUCACUUCACCCAAAAGCAAAGUGAUCCGGUCUCCUUUGAAGUUUCAGCGGACUCCUGUGCGGCAGUCGGUCAGAAGGAUUAAUUCCCUGCUCAACCAGAGGAAAGACGUCCGGACUGGGUGGUGUGCUGCCAGUCGAGGAUCCUCUGGCAGGAAAGCGCUGAGUUUAGAAAGUGGCCUUUUUGACAAUGUAUCACAGCAAGGUCAGGCCGCAGAGGUCCCUAGUGAGACUCCUGUUGAUGAGAGAGUUUCCCCAAAACUAAAGCCACCAGAGCCCCCAAUAAAGUCAGCCACCUGCUGCACCAUUAGGCAUUGUGCCUUAGGAGAUGUAACCAACACAAUGGCACCCAAGGCGAAGGGUGAUCUCUUCUCAGCUAAAAGUGUCCCAUCUGAGUUUCCAAAGUCUGUCCUGCUUGAGGCAGCUGGGGGACACAUGGGUCACUACAGAGGCUCGCCAAAGAACCCACUUACACAGGUCAAACUGCUCUCUGCUAUGAAACCCAUAGACCUUUAAGACUGCAAUACAUCUCAAGUGCGAUCUGCUUCAUCAGCUUGACCGCUUCGGCCUGUUUCUGCAUCUUGUCUAUUCAGGGGUCUUAAUUUAUUUACAAGUUUGCAAGUUUGAGAUGUUCUUUGUUGAUUAUUUUAGGCUCAUGUUGAUGGUUUUUUUUCAUGUUUGCUUUUUAAACUUUGUCUGAUCUGGUUAUGAUAUUGGUUAUAUCGAUUCUGAGGGUUAUUGUGGUUUUGUUAAUGUGACAACAGGCCAACCUGUUGGUGUACUUGAAAAACCAACCUUCUGCUUUAUGCCUGUUUUUUGUACUGCAGGGUAAAACCCAAUUCACAUUUAUAAGAUUUUAGCUUUGAUCUCUUUAUCAAACUCCUGCUAUUCUAAGGAUUUGUGUAGGCUAACUUCGAAUUAGAUCCUUUUUGAUGGAAUAUCGGUGAGGACGUUCUGCUAAUUUGGCAGAAGCACAGCAACCCUAUGCCAUCAGGAUAAGUCUUGUGACUAAGAUGUGAAAGCUUGAAGUUAGCAAGUGCAGCUGUGAGCCAGAGAAGGUGAAAAGAGUGAUUGAUCUUAGUUGUUGCUGUCUGUAUUGAGAGUGACUGUAUGUCUGUGUGAUCUGGAUGGAAAGAUUUUAGAUGGUGACCUUAUUUACCUUGUAUUUAUUUUCCAAGCUUAAUGGUUAAAGUCUUAAGCAGCGAUGUCAAUGAAGAAGUGGGUUUUAAAAAAUUCUGAUGUACCUCAUCUGAUGUUUGUAAGAAUGAAACAGUAUUACAAAUUUAAAUAUUUGAGCUUUCUUUAAUUUUGCCAAUCUGCUUUGUAUCCAGUGUCUUGGAGCUUCGUUUAUGAGCAUAAAGUUGCCACUUCACAACG